AUGUCGACACUGGCCGAACUACGCGUGACUGAGGUCCAAUCGCGGAAAAAUGAGUUGAAGUGCGUCCAUCCACACCCCAAAAUUCUCCAUACACGUCUUCACACGCGAUUUUAUUCAUGAGCAUCGUUUGCGCGUUUGUCUGGCAAAAAUGCCGUCAAAAUUGAGCGAGUUGUGCUGACAGCGUCCACAGGACUCUGGGUGGGCAACAUUGCGCCCGCCUAAGAACACUUUAUCACAUCCAUGCUGCGAUUCAAAACAACACCUCUCUCUCUGCCCUUGUUCAUACUCCAUUCGACUCGGAGAAUCCGGACUCCGAUGAGACUUUAUUUCUCGAAGGAAAUGACUUAUCGCGGUACGUGGCAGUGCUUACCCGUUGAUGGGGAUCUUACUAACAAUCUCGUGAUAGCGGCUUCAAUACCAAAGCAUUGACUCUCCUUCCGGGGCCAGCAACACUACAACAACAACGCGAUAACGACCCCAUAUCCACAUCAAAACUCCCUUCCGACCCUGCUCUAUCAUCUGCAUUGCCUCGAGAAGAUGCGACGCCAAAGACGCGCGCUCAAGAUGGCGCUGUCGCUCCCCUCCCACUCCAGACAGAGCCGUCGCAGCCCAAGGCCGGGUUGCUAGACUCUGGAACCCCUGCAGGCCCUCCAGUAAUCAUAGCAGAAGGGACUCCAGGAGUCGCGAACAUUUCCGACGAUUCGGUCAAGCCACUCGACUCCAACAUCGCUCCAGCGAAGGUUGCGCCGCCUCUGCCAGAGGAGGGCGCUGGUCUCGCCGGUACUGGUGAGCAAUACUUGUUGGACCAACAAGCUCCUCAGAAACCCGCCGAUACAGUACAUCUUCCGCCCGAGGAAGUUCAGGAAGAGAAGCUGCGCGAGCGAGAAGCAGAGGAGCAACGUCGGAAACAGUCGGAUGCAGACUCCAAGGCCUCGCAACGACUGGCAGCACCUCAAACCGAAUCUGCGUCAUCUCCUUCUUCGACUGUUGCCUACUCUGCGGCAACUCCACAGCCUCAUCACGAAACGUCAGACACGUCGCCAGACUCGGAGCAUGCGCCCGAAGAAUUGACUCCUCCCAAGGACCUACGGCCAUCUCUAGAGGAGCAACGGCGGAAAGAUGAACAUGAUCGUCAACUUGAGGCACAGAAGGAGCUGGCAAGGCAAAAAGGGAUGGGCGACGUUGCUGUCACUCCAGAUGAUCAGCUCAGAUUAGAAGAGCAAGAGGCUGCCGCUCGCGAUGCGGAGGAACGUGCGGCACGAGAAGCCGUAGGAGGGCCAGAACAUGACAGCAAAGGCGAUCGAUAUUCGACGGAGGCCGCUCAGGUUGCCGGAGAGAUGGAGGUCGACAAGCGGCAAGCUGAAGAGCAUACUGUGGAUGCUAAGCCGUCUGUGCAAUCGGUGGAAGAAAAGGCAGCACAGGCAGACCAACUGAUUACCGAAGAAAAUUCUGCUGCAAUCUCCAGCGAGCAGUCCUCUCUAUCAGCACCUGUUCCGACACCACCAUCAGCGCAGCGAAGCCAACGUGGGACACCAGCGGAGUCGGCGGGGAAACAUUCCACACCAGCUCCCAGCAAACGCGAAGGAAUGACGACGAGGGUAUCUUCUGGCGCUAUUCGACCCAGAUCUGUCUCCGAAAUCAUUGAUAAUUUUCAGUCACCUGCUGCGGAGUCUUCGCCCGCUCAAAAGGAGAUUGUGUCGCCCGUGUCUUUCUCGCCAAUAACACAGCGACAUGCCCAAGAAACACCGAAAAAUGUUGCGUCUCCUCAAAUGGUUUUGUCGCAUCGACAGUCAGCUCGUACUCCACCAUCGACACGCACGCUCAGCAUGUCCACCUCUGCACUCGAACAACUAGAAGUCUUGAAAGGCGCCGCUGAAGACCCCGGAAAAGAUUAUCUCGAGCCUCUCUUCAGGAUCCAGGCCCAUGACCUCCCCGGCUCAGGGACCAAGCCACUUCCAGACCUACUGAAAAUGGACCGAAAGACCUUGUCUACCGAGGAUCACUUCACAGCCAUGCACGAGCGGCUGGACUUUCGGAUGCUUCGACGGAUAUAUCAGCUGCAAAAUGCUAAUAAGUGGUCGCUGCGUCAGAUGGAAAAGUGCAAGGAGCCGGAGCAGCCGGUGACUCAUCACGAUCACAUGAUGGCUGAGAUGAAGUGGAUGCGAAAAGACUUCAAAGCUGAGCGAAAGAUGAAAAAGAGCAUCUGUGCGGUGCUCGCUCGGAGCUGUGCUGAGUGGGUUGCAGCCGAUGCGGAAGGAAGAAAACAGCUGCAAGUGAAUGUGAAAUCCCGCGAAUCGAAGCAGUCUAUUGGUGGUGCUGAGAGCGUGCCAGAGCUGGAGCAGGCGGGAGACUCGGCAGCGGAAGAUGAUUUAUCGCCACCAACUCCUCGCGAGGGCACUCCCUUGCCAAUUACCCUCGUUGUGGCCCCUGAACUGGAGGAGCGCGUGAGAGAGCUUGAGCAGGCUGGCAAGCUAUCGAGAACGCUCAAGUCAUUGCCGCAAACUGGAUUGCUGGAUCCCCAGCUGAAGCUUAAGAGAGAGUCAAUCACGAAGGUUUCAAAGUUCAUUGGAGCAAGGGUAUUGCCAAAGAGCUCCAACCCUACACUCAAGCGGUCGCGAUACGAUUACGAAGAUGAGGAUGAAUUCGUCGAAGCACAACCAAGUACUAAACGGCUGCGAGAAGAACUGCCACCUGAGCAGCCGGAUUACGCACUGUUUCAUUCAGACAACAAACCGAUUCGCGAUCGCUUGCACUCGAACAAUGCUUUCAGGCCCCCGUCCGAGUUCAUCAUGCCUUCCGUUUCCUUCUACGAGUUCCGUGCCGGCUCGCAGUGGCUUUGGGAAGACGAGCAGAAGCUCAAAAAGUUGGCAAAGGAGUACUCUUUCAACUGGUCACUCAUUUCUGACGAGAUGUCGUUACCGAGCCGCUACAAGAGCUCCUCUGAGCGUCGAACGCCCUGGGAAUGCUUCGAACGAUGGGUUGAGCUGGAAUCGUUACCGAACGACAUGCGCAAGACGGUCUAUUUCAAGACAUGGUACCAGAGGCUUGAACAAAGCCAACAGGCCGCCGAACAGAGGUACAACAGGCAGGUACAACACAUACAGCAGGCGCAGCAGAACGGUGUGCAAACGCAAUUGCCGCUCAGGAGGCGCACAUUGCCGAGCCGUGUGGAGAGAAGGAGAUCUGCAAGAUACCUUUGGAUGGUCGAUGGGUUCCGCAAGCUGGCUAAGAAACGCGAGCAGGCUGCUUGGAAACAGGCUGAGAGUGAGUUCAUCCAAUGCUUUCCCAUUUCGGGGUGGGAUCCCUGUGCUAACGUCACCUUUGCAGCUGCUCGCGCCGCAGCACAACGAAAAUCCCAGGCUGAAGCGAACCCGGCUCAGAAGAUGGUUAAGAUGACCCCACAGGAAUUCAGCAAGAAGCGACAAGAACGUGACCUGCAAGCCCUGGAGUACAUGAAGCAGCAGCGUCUUAAGCAGAUCGAGGCUCAGCGUCAGCAACUGGCGGCUCGUCAAAAUCAAUUGCAGCAGCAACAGGGCAUGCCGAACGGAAUGCCUAAUCAGCAGCGUCACCAGGUGCCAGGCAACCCCGGUCAGCAAGCGCAAAUGCAGGCCAAUGGCCAACAAGUGCCGAACAUGAACGGACAGGCGGCCGGCCAGCAGCAAUUGCGUCCGGUUGUCCCUAUGGCGCCUCAACGGAAUGGUCAUUUGGCACCUCCACAGGUCAAUGCGCAAGGGAUUCCGCAGGCUCAGAUGCAAGCUCGAGCUGCGAUGGCUCAGCACCCAAAUAUGCAGCCACAGAUCGCUCAGGCAAAUGCUCAAGGCCGGAGCCCUCAAUACGCGAACCAACAAUUCCAGAUGCCGAACGGUAAUAUGCCAAGCCCAGGUGGCAGUAACCUGACGAAUCAACAGCAGUUGCAGGCGAACCAUGCUCUGCUACAGGCGCUUCAGCACAAUAAUGCCCACCAAAACGCGAAUGGAAACCAGUCGUCUACACAGCAGCAGAUGUCCGUGUCGCCCAGCAUGCCACCUCCACCAACACCGCAGUCUACCUCUCAGCAGCUGUCUUCCGGUCACGUUCCACAGAUUGUCGCAAUCAAGGAGCGACUACGCGCUGCAAAUCCCGGCAUGUCCGAGACGGAGCUAAGUGCGAAUGCGACCGCACAGAUGAAGCAAAUGUCUCAGUCCCAAAUCCAAUCGCAGUCAACGAGCCAGAUGAGACAAAGCGCCAUGUCUGCUGCUGCCGGGAUCCCGAACCAACAGCAAAAUGGUAUGCAGCAGGCGCAGCAAUUUGCGCAGAAUCAGAGUUCGUACCAGCGCAACGGUCAGAUGGUGAAUGGCAUGAAUGGAAAUGGCGUUUACAUGAACGGUGAUGGCAGCACCCAGCAAGCCAACAUCAGUCCUGCCCCCAACACGAGCAGCCCAUCCGAGCAGCAGCGCCAACUCUAUCAACAAAACAUGUACCGACAGCAGUUGCAGCACAAGCAGCAGAUGCAGAUGCAGAGCCCACAUACCAACCACGCUCAGCUCAACGGGAGCCCGAAUGUGGCGCAGGCGAGCCCGAACAUGACGCCAGCGAGUCCAUCGGUGCAACUCGCCAACACUCCAGGCCAAAUGAGCGGCGGAAUGGGUACACCUACUAUGAAUGGACAGCGCCCACCGAGUCGAAGCAACACGCCUCAGAUGCAGCGCCUUGGUAGCGCUGGCAGCGGCGCUGGAGGGAUGGGCAAUGGAAUGCAGAGUCCCGGCGCGAUGCAGCAGGGCAGUCCGCGCAACAUACAAGCAAGCCUAGCACGCUAG